AUGACACAGGGUAAAGAAAAGAAGACGACUACGAUUAACAGCGAUAAACAGGACAACAAGAAAACUCCUGGACGCAGAGACGCAGAGCUGCCAAAGACAGCGGAGGAAAAAGAAAGAAGAAAGUUAGUGAACUGCUCUGCCAUUUUAAAGGAUUCAGCGGAUGAGGAGCAGAGCCGAAGCAGCCUCAAAGGCCAUAACAAGCUGCCCGAGAGUGAUGAUGACAUCAAUGAACUCCUCACACUCUGUUGCUUAACUGUACAGAGAUACGAAGGGGAAACGUGUGAGGGCCAGUUUCAUGGAGAAGGACUCGCAUCUUUCGAAGGAGGCCAUAUGUACAAGGGGAUGUUUUCCAAAGGACUUAUGGAUGGACAUGGUGUCUUCAUACGGGCAGGUGGAUUGAAAUAUGAGGGAGGAUUUGUGUGCAACAUGCCUGCUGGCCAGGGCACGUACACCUGGCCAGAUGGCAGCUCCUAUAAGGGGGAGGUGUACAACGGGAUACGACAUGGGAUUGGAACCUACAAAUGUGCAAAAAAUGGUGUGUCAUACACAGGACAGUGGGAUCAGGGCAAGAGGCAUGGAAAGGGAGCAGUGUAUUAUAACAAGGACAAGACCUCUUGGUACAAAGGAGACUGGGUGAAGAACAACAGAGAGGGAUGGGGAGUGAGAUGUUACCCCACAGGUAACCUUUACUGUGGUGAGUGGAAGAACAACCUGAGACAUGGAGAGGGCACGAUGAGGUGGCUAAACCUUGGACAGCAGUAUGCUGGCAUGUGGCAAAAUGGCAUCCAGCAUGGACGAGGCACACACAUCUGGAACCUGAGGCAAGCAGAUGGAUCUCAGUUUUCCCUGAGCAAUCAGUACACAGGGGAUUUCUUUCAGGGUCAAAGGCAUGGACAGGGGACCUUUUACUACCCCAGUGGUGCAGUCUAUGAAGGGGAGUGGAGUAACAACAAAAGACAUGCAAAGGGAAAAUUAACUUUUAAGGAUGGGCAUGUCUUUGAAGGAGAGCUUACGGAUGAUCAGCUGAUGACACCUAACAUGAAUGGAAACAGAGCUGCCGUUCCUCUGCAUGGUGCAUCUCUUCUGUCAGGUAGUGAUUCAUCUGUUUCUGUCUUACCAGAGAUGACUCUGAACAUCGAAUAUCUCCUGGACAUGAUUCCUGAGAAAGAUCGGGACAUUGAACGGAAACAGGUGGAGUUUGUGGUUCUGAUGCAUGCCAAAGAGCUGAGGUCUAUUUACAGUUUCUACAGCAAACUUGGCUAUGCCCAGUCUCCAGAUAACUGCUUCCUGCUCACCCGCCUGCAGCUCUGGCGCCUGCUCAAAGACUGUAACAUCCACCAUCACGACAUUACUCUGACACAGAUCGACCGUUUUAUCAGAGACGAUGCCACUACAGCAGAGAUCCACUCUCCUUUCACUCCCAUGCUUCUUCGAAAGCUCCUCAGCUGUCUAGUGAUUGUGGCCUAUCACAUCUACCAUAAGGACAUGGUGUCACACAAGAACCUUCUGGCUGCCUGCUUUUCCAAACUGAUGACAGACAACAUCCUUCCCAAUGCAACGAAUGUAAAAGGGUUCCUGUUUGGGAAGCCGGACUGUGCUGUGGUGGCAGUGAACUACUUAAAGAAGUGCUGGGAAAUCUAUGAGGCUUACUGCAAAGUCAAUCCAGCCCCCAGAGAUGACAAGACCAUGACCUGUCGAGAACUGCUGUGGAUGUUCAAGGAUCUCCUUCUGCUGGACAAUAACCUGACCACAACAAGAUUAUUGGAGAUCAUCACUGCAGAGAGCCGUGACCCCAGCAACCUGUCCUCAUGUGUGGAUCUGGAGAUUACAUUCCUAGAGUUUUUUGAGGUACUUCUUGGCUCUGCUGAAGUGAAAUGUCAGCAGGUUUCUGAAGGUCUAGAGGAGGGACAGUCACCAUCCAACACUGACACUGAGGCCAGGAAUGAUCUACCUGCGGAGGUCAACGAGAACAUUUUGCAGACUACAAACAGCCUUUCCCAGUCGAUGGAGACAUCAAGUGACAAAGCAGAAUUAUUCAGUGCUCAGGACAUGGACAAUCAACAAGAUGUUGAAACUAAAAUCAGUGAAGAACCUCAACCUGCAGAGCUGACAGAAGAGCAUAGAAGGGAAGGAAAGUGCAUGCAAACCAGAGGAAUGGAGGCCAAAGGCUGUGAAGUGGAGCUUUGGAUCCAGACACUUGAUCAUUUCUUCAACCAUAUUUUCUUCCCAGCUUUUGAACAUUAUCAAUUAGUGUCCAGAAAUAUGAAGAGAAAGACACACCACUCUACCCAAGGCCCCAAACAAGAGCCAGGUAGUACACUGCUAGAAAUUCCCAGCCAAGGUGAAUUUUUUGUUGGCUCAGUUGACGGUGUUAUGUACUAGUUUAUAUUUACUAUAUCGCUAAUCAUAAGUUUUAACCAGGUACAACAGUUUAAAAAUUUAGGUUCCAGUUCCCCUAGCUUAGACUACACUAAUUGAUUUUAUAUAACAUUUUUAUUGAGAAUUCAAUCCAUGCUUCCUGAGCAUAGACACAGCCACUAGAUGGCACCAAUAACUUUCUCUCUGUAUUCUCCAUGUAUUGUCGCACAAGUGUGUAGUGUUCAGUGUUGUACUGCAUUGUUACAGGUCGAAGGGGCAAUGAGUAGCUGGUGAAGACAAGAUGAUAAAGAUGCAGCAGAGAUACCUGAUGAACUGUUCUGCACAUGAACUAUCCACAUAGUCAGACAAACAAACAAAAAAAAAACCCCAACACAAAACAGUCCAGAGCCUUCAGAUGUAGUGAGCAAUAAAAACAUGGAGUGCAUUACUAAUUUGUGCUUGGGUGUAAAUGAAGAGUAUUGGCCAUGUACUUGUUGUAGUUAGAGCUUUAAUAAGACCAAUCUAAAAGAAAACUAUUUCCCAUUUUAUCUAAAAGUCAGAAUCACUUUUUUUUUCUUCAUCACAGUAACAAAAGUAGUAAAUAUAUGCCCAAAUUCAAAACAU